AAGCAGAGGUUGAAGCUUUCGCCUCUCUUCAUCUCUUGAAUUUUAACAAGCUUUCGAUACCAAAAUAUUCUCAUUCUUACGUGAACCUUGAUUCAGCCCCACAAAGGUAUGGAAUUAAAUUUUGCAAUGAAGGGUAUGCAGAUAUCAAGGCUCGUAGUCCCUCAAAAACCAGCCUCUUCCUUAUUUAUGGUUUAUUUAGGAUGCAACCAACCUUCGUAUAGUCAUUUAGUUUAUCGGACAAAUCUUUGUCAUGGAAGUAAAUUGGGAAGCUAUAGAUUCAAGCUUGCUUGCAGUGCAAGAGACAAUCAUAACCCUGAUGAAGAAUUAACAAGAAGUGAGGAACUGGCACGGAGAUUCAGUUUUAUUAAUGAUGUGGAUGAAAAUUUCAAGGAAACUACUUGCAGGGUAUCAGAAUCGUCUGGUGAUUUCAGAUCUAAAGAAGGUGAGAAUGGCACCAAGGUGGAUUUUUCAAUGAAACUUUUGCCGUCGAAGAUUGAAGUUCUUGAGCCUAAUAUUCUUGGAAUAUCACUGGAGCCUCCCGAUUGGCCUGGCAGAGAUGACAUUGAGAAGAUUGAUAUUGAACAGAAAGCAAACAGGGUUGACAUUCCACUCUCUCUGCGGAUGAUAAAGAAAAAGCAAAAAUGGCAAGAGGGCUUUGUGGAUGCAGGGGAGUUUACAUAUUGCUCUUUGAAGAAGGCAUUUUCGUCAUUGGUAUCCAGCAUUGAGGAAAUCCAAAACAAUGCCUUACAACUACAUGGAAGUCUCUACUCUGAAGACUUGCAUGGAAUUAUGAAUAAGGUGCAAAGAGAAAUGAACAAUUCAUUUGUCUGGCUAUUUCAGCAAGUGUUUUCAAGGACACCUACUCUCAUGGUUUAUGUGAUGAUACUUCUAGCUAAUUUCACUACAAACUCCAUGGCCGAUAAUGUUGCUGCUGCUGUCGUUCUGUCAUCACCUAGUGAGACUAUCGCAGAGACCAUUCCAUUUACAGAGGAAUAUUGUGGAGGAAAAUCGAAGAGUGAUUGUUCUACUUCAGUCCAAUAUCCCAGUAUUGUUAGUCCUGAUAAGCUACUAGAAGGUUCUCGGGGAAUGACUGCUGAGGAGGUGGGCUUGUGGAACUCAACGGUGGAGGUUGCUUUGAGAAUGCGAGGAGAAUCAGAUGAUAAGGUUCUUGAUUACCAAAUGAUGCGGCAAUUUGUGACUCAGAUAAAUGUGGAGCUUGAACCAGAUGAUUAUGAGGAAUAUUACAGAACAGACCUCCUUUACCAAAUGAGUUUAGCUGAGGAGCCAAAUAAUCAACUUCUGCUUUUAAAUUAUGGCCAGUUUCUUCACCUUGUGUCCAAGGACCAUGACAGGGCAGAGGAGUGUUUUAAGCGUGCCAUCCAAAUAGAACCGCCAGAUGCUGUGGCAUUGACUCAAUAUGCAGACUUCUUGUGGAAAGUGAGGAAUGACCUUUGGGAGGCAGAAGAGCGAUACCAGCAAGCAAUGGCAGCAGAGCCAGACAAUCCUUAUCAUGCAUCCAAAUAUGCUAACUUCCUCUGGAGCACAGGCGGUGAAGAUACUUGUUUUCCUCUCAGUGGCUCUUUCGAAAACUGUGACAAGUUUUCAAGAUCCAAUGGAGAUAAUACAUAAUAAGAACAUAGGUGUUUCCUGGUUUUUGUUCAGUUGACCCAUCUUCCAAUUUUUGAAUGUAUCAGACCAGGUAAACACCCUACGGUGCAGUAUGUCUUAUUUGGUUAUCUAUAGCAUAUUUUGAGAAAUCAGAAGCCUUGUAUCUUCUGAUGCUUUUGAAACUCGGAAAAAUCGAGUAUGAUGGAAAAUAACUAGGAUUAAAUAAGGUAUGAUGCAAAGGUGACAACUAGUUUAGUUGAUAAAAGUCCUUUGAUUGUUGAAUUGAGGACGGGGUUGGGUCUUGCCUUGAUGGGGAGAGGAGGGUAAGUAUAAGGGAAGGGUUACUCCCUAUUGUGUAACCUGAUCACUCGGAUGAACCAAAAAAAAAAAAGAAAAAACAAAAAAGGGGCCAAUGAUAUAAACUAUUGCUGAAAAA